ACAGUUGAAGAAUGAUUUAGGGACAGAAUAGCAAAAUGCUACCGCCCUUUCACUUCGCUGCGUUGCCGUAUGAACGCCACCUAGCUUGACGUGAUACGUCACAUCCGCUGUGAGAGAGGAGCGUGUUCAUUUGUGUGGAAUGUGCUGAGAGUUUUCUUUUCAUGUGGGCUUUUGGGGUUUUAUUUUAUUUUUCUGCAGGAAUGCCACGGUACUGCGCUGUGAAAGUCUGCAGAAACCGCAGGGGGGCAGCGUCAAGCCAUGACAACAAAAGAAUUAGCUUCUAUCCCUUUCCUUUGCAAGACAAGUCCAGGCUUCAGAAAUGGGUAGACAACAUGAAGCGGGAGGACUGGACGCCAAGUCGACAUCAGUACCUGUGCAGUGAGCAUUUCACAGAGGACUGCUUUGACGUCCGUUGGGGGAUUCGCUACCUGAAGACCACAUCCGUCCCCACCAUUUUUCCUUUCAUUCAAAAUGAGGGUGAGAAGAAUGGGACAACCAUUAAAAGGAGCCCCAAGAUCACCACGGAGACAUUGGACAGUGACUUUGACCCCGCUGGAUGUGAGUCCCCUCCGAGUAAGAGGCCACUCAUUUUGACCAGAACAUGUAAGGUCCAGUCAAGCACAACAACUGACAACAAGGAGCUGACGGGUUCCACUCAGGAAGGUAAAUCUGAGCCGCCAUCUGUCUCAGAGUCCCAUCACGCUGCUGGAGAGGUCGUUUCCAUAGAGCAGUCGGCGUCAGGUGUCACAGUGCUGUGCUGCGAGUCGUUGGACAUUUUCUCAGACAGCAUGGCGAGGGCAGAUCCGGGUUCGGCUCUUCACUUUCUCCCUGCGAAAAAAGCAGAUGAAGAACAUGUCGACUGCAUAUCGGAAGACUGGGAGUACAGUGAAGAAGAGCUCAUUUCUGCUUACGAACACUCAUACUGCAAACCGGACACGGACAAACAGCAGCUUUGGGGUAAGAUCAUGAGUUUGCACUCGAAGAUCUCAGAACUGAGCCGCAGGGAGAAAAGUACUGUGGCUAAAAUCCAGGCUUUGGAGACUGAGAUAGCACUUCUGAAGAGGGACGGUGCCAUGUUUAAAGAGAAGCAGAAAGUUUUAGAAGAUUGUAUGUCCUCUGUUUUGCUGUGAUUUUUUUUUUUUUUAUAUAUUUU